UUUCCUGAAUAUAAAUUACAAAUCGACACCGGUGUCUCGUGGGAAUAAUAGAUUGUUUAGUCCACCUAAAUACGAGUUUCCCUCAUUCAAUUGGAGUUUUGACGUUGUUUAUAUGUGGCUUGCCAAGCCCAUCUUGCAUCUCUGAUAAUGGCUCUCACUUUUAGAGUACCAAACGUCUCCGCCUUCCUUCUAAAAUCCUCUCCAUCCCCAGCAUACCCAUAUCCUAAAAUGUCCCAAAAUGUCCGCUCCAAUGCCUCUCUCUCUGCCUCAGCUGGAAGUACAAAUAGAAGGCUUCCUAUACUGCUCUUUGACAUCAUGGACACCCUUGUUCGCGAUCCUUUUUACCACGACGUUCCUGCCUUCUUCGGAAUGUCGUUGAAGGAACUUAUAGAAUGCAAGCACCCGACUGCAUGGAUUGAGUUUGAGAAGGGGAUGAUUGAUGAGGUGGAGCUUUCCAGAAUAUUUUUUAAAGAUGGCAGAUCUUUCGAUUUAGAAGGUCUGAAAAAUUGUAUGAGAAGGGGAUAUUCCUACAUUGAAGGUGUUGAAGAAUUGCUUCACACUUUAAAACAAAACAAAUAUGAAAUUCACGCUUUCACAAACUACCCAAUCUGGUACGAUAAGAUUUUAUUUAAUGAUUUUAUAUCCAUUUUAAGAGGAUUAUCUUUUCUAGAGAUCUUGUUUUGUAGGUACAAAAUGAUUGAGGACAAGUUAAAAGUUUCAAGAUAUUUGUCAUGGACAUUUUGUUCAUGUAUAAAUGGAAAGAGGAAGCCUGAUCCUGAUUUCUAUUUGGAUGUUUUGAGCCAGCUUGAAGUUAAUUCGGAAAACUGUAUCUUCAUCGAUGAUAGGUUGAAAAAUGUAGAAGCCGCUGCGGAAGUCGGCAUUGUUAGUCUACAUUUCAAGAAUACAAAUUUACUGCUUCAAGAUCUCUCUUCGAUGGGAAUUGACAUCUCAGUAGAAGAACAUCACCGUCAGGACUAGCCCAAGCUUGUAAAGGAACACACCUGAUUUCUCAGUACUCAUUAUUCUAAUAACUUGACUUGUUACGUUAGUUUUGGUUUUUUAUAGACUAUAUAGGGUACAGGUAAUCUAUGAAGAGAUGAGAAUAACGAGUAAUUAUACUUGUGAAAUUGAUAGGAUGCAAAUCCUUCAAUACAUUCCUACCAUCAUUUACACGCCAUGCAAAGAAAUGUUAUGCCUUUUUAAAAAAUAAAAAUAAAACAUAUGAGUUUCACUAA